AUGUCACACGCCGGCGCGGAACCCCCCCCGAGCCCCAGCGGCGCCAAACCCGCCACCCCAAAACCUCCACCCCGACCCCAAAAAACCAAAUCCGCCUUGAAGAAAUUCCACCUGCGCUGCCACGACUGCGGCAAAGCUUUGGCGCUGCCCAAGCGCCGGCGCGGGGCGGAACGACCCCAUAAAUGCCCGGAAUGCGGGAAGAGUUUUAGGUUGGGCUCGAGUUUGGUGACGCACCAAAAGCGGCAUUUGGGGGAAAAUCCCUACAAAUGUCCCGAUUGCGGGAAAUCCUUCAGCGUGGGCUCGGCGUUCAUCCAGCACCGGCGGAUCCACGCCGGCGCGGCGCCGUGCCGCUGCGGGGUUUGCGGGAAGAGCUUCCCGGUGAGUUCGGGGUUGGUGAAGCACCAAAAGGUUCACGCGGAGGAGAAACCCUACAAAUGCGGCGAUUGCGGCAAGGGGUUCAACUGGAAUUCCCACCUGGAGCGCCACCGGAGGAUUCACACCGGGGAGAAACCCUACGAGUGCCGGGAGUGCGGGAAGAGCUUUUCCUGGAGCUCCCACCUGGAUCGGCACCGCCGAACCCACGCCGCCGCGGCCGAACCCGCCCGGCGCUGCGCCCAGUGCGGGGCGGCAUCGCCAGAACAACCCAAAAUCCCGAAAAACCCCAAAAAACCGGCGGAGAAACCGCAUAAAUGCGCGGAGUGCGGGAAGGGUUUUGGCGUGGCGGCGGCGCUGGCGCAGCACCGGCGCGGCCACGCUCCCGGCAAACCCUACGAGUGCCGGGAGUGCGGGAAAAGCUUUUCCUGGAGCUCCCACCUGGACCGGCACCGGCGAAUCCACAUGGGCGAGAAACCCUUCCGCUGCGGCAGCUGCGGGAAGAGUUUUUCCCAAAGCUCCCACCUGGAGCGGCACCGGAAAAUCCACCGGGAGCCGUGCCGGGAAUGCGGAAAGAACGAGGGGAGGAAAGAAGGGAAAAGCUUCCAAAAACGCUGCCGGGUUUCGGGAGGGGAGGAGAGAUGCGGCGAGUGCGGGAAGAAUUCGGGUUCGGCGCCGGAUUUGGGGGCGAAUCUGAAGGAUCAAGGCACCCAAACCGGCGAGAAACCUUUUGUGUGCCCCGAGUGCGGCAAAAGCUUCGGGCAGAACUCGGCGCUGGCCAAGCACCGGCGGGUGCACACGGGUGAGAAGCCCUACAAGUGCGCGGAGUGCGGGAAGAGCUUCGGCGUGCGCUCCAACCUCAUCAAGCACCAGCGCACGCACCUCGGCGAGAAACCCUACAAGUGCCCCGAGUGCUCCAAGGGCUUCAUCCAAAAAUCCGACCUCACCAAGCACCGGCGGAUGCACACCGGGGAGAAGCCGUACGAGUGCCGCGAGUGCGGGAAGCGCUUCAGCGUCUCCUCCAACCUCAUCAAGCACCAGCGGAUCCAUCUUGGAGAGAAACCCUUCCAGUGCUCCGAGUGCGGCAAGAGCUUCAUCCAGCGCUCCGAGCUCACCAUCCACCGGCGCGUCCACACCGGCGAGAAGCCCUACAAGUGCCGCGAGUGCGGGAAGUGCUUCAGCCGCAGCUCGCACCUCAACCGGCACCGCCGCACCCACGGCAAAGCCGCCGCCGCCGCCUUC